GAAAAUUAACAGCCCUAAGCAUUGGUACUAGAAUUGAUUGUGAUAAUUGUUUUGCAAUUACACCAACAGGAACCUUAAUUUUAAUAUUGAAUAAAGAUACAUAUCAAAGUCUAGGACUCGAAGGAAGUGCUUCAUAUUUUUCACAAAAAAAUAAAGAUAGAUAUAAAAAUGCCAAAAUUUAAAGAUGUUCCAACUUUGACAACUCUUGCUCUGAAAAGUAUUGGUUGCCUGGUUGUUGAAAUGAAACCAAUAAUUAUUUCAAGAGUAAAAAUGCAGAUGGAUCAACCAAAAAUAAUUAAAAAUCUGCAAAAAAGUAUUGAUAUUCUUAAUGAUAUUUUGGUCUCGUAUGUUCCUUAUCAUAUGUAUGAAAUAAUGGCUGUGGAAGUGUUAAAAGCUGUCAAAACUUUAAUAGACAAAACUAAGAAAUUUUAUUAUCCUCAUAUUUCAAUGUCUCAUUUUUUAAUGGAAAUGAAUGUUGCAGUUAGUCUUACAGAAGUUGUUCUUAAUUCUCGACUUAGAAGUAUAGAUUUUUCAGAAUGGCCGAAGAUUAUGAGGUGUGUUUUAUAUAAAAAUUUAGAGAAAAUGACUGGAUUGGAAAAUCUCAAUUUAGGAUCUUGCACUGGUGGUUGGAAAAAUACAGAAUUUGACAAAAAUAUUUUGGACGGAAUUAGAAAUAUGAAAAACUUGCGACAUAUUUGUUUAUGUUUUGAUUGCAGUGAUUUAAUUAUUCAGACACUAUCUGAGAAUUGCCCCAAUCUCCAGUCUAUUGAUGUAACUUCUUCACGUUCUGUAACUGAUCGAAGUAUACCAUAUUUACUGAAUUGUAAGAACUUGAAAGUUCUUCAGCUACAUGGAACAUCAAUAUUAUAUCCCGGUCUUGUAACAUUAAUAUCAGGUUUACCUAAGCUACAGGAUAUUGGACGAUGUGAUAAAUUUGGACACAUCGUAAAAUAUAUUCGUCAAAAUCUGCCAUAUGUUAAAUCUUUUGGACUUAAAAAAAUUCAGACUAGAGAUUUAUGUACUGAGCAUUUGAACAUCAUUGUUGCAAUGUUUCCAAAGCUUGAAUAUGUCUCGAUUUUUCAUGAUAUGCAAGUAGCUGAUUUGACAAUUCUGGUUUCUCUAGAUUGUUUAAGAGAACUUAAACUACUGUCAUUUGCUUUUUACAGUCAUUAUUUAAAGCAAUUGAUUGAAAUAAGAGGCUCAAAUUUAACUACUCUUCAUUUAGAACAUGCUGAAGAGAUGGAUUUUAAUGCUCUGCUUCAUAUAGGCCAAUAUUGCCCGCAUCUAAAAAAUCUGGUUCUUUAUAACUGUGACUUCACUUAUAACAUGAACUUACCUACAAAUAAUUUACAGUCUGGAUCAUACUUCCGACAGUUGGAGCAUAUUUUCUGGGUGGUCGAUUGUGCAAUUAACCCACUAGACUUUGUUUUAACCCACGCAGUUAAUAUAAAAUAUGUGCAUUUGGGAUCAUCAACUGGAAUAACACAUGCAAGCAUUGUCAAUAUAUUAAGAUCUAACCCUAUGAAAUACUUAGAAGAAUUAAGAGUUCUAUAUAGUAGUGAUAUGAGCAUGAGAACCGUUGAAUUACUCUUAGCAAGUUGUCCUAACUUAAAGGUUUUGUCAGAAUUAGAGAGUUGGCAAGGGAUUACAAUGGAGGAAUUAAAAGUUUUUAAAAAUCAUAUUAGUAAUAGCAACUUUAAUUUGGAUAUUCGCCCUACAUUAUCUUUUUCAAGUUAAUCUUUAUUUUGUCAGAGUUGCAAAUAAAAAGUAAUUAAACAUGUGAUCAUA